AUGCACCUCCCAGAUGCCACCCUCAUAAUACCUCUAUAUGCCUCGCUACCGGCAGUGGUAAACGUGCCCAAGCAAACCAGCGAUAGCCCCUUCAUAUACUCACUCAAAGGCGAUCUGGUUGACGGCGUCCAGCCUGUAAACCUCACUUGGAACGCGACGACAAAAAUAGUCCAUCAUAACCAUAAACCUUCUCAAGGGAGAUCCGAAGAAUCCUGACGACCUGGAGACAAUCAUUGUUGGAUAAUGAGGGAUGGUAAGAGUGAAGGGUUAACAGUCACCUCGAGGACAGAAAGAGUAUGCCCAAGGGAUAUAUGUAUGGGCUCAAGAUUAGUAGCGAUGGAGAUGAGGGAUUUGAAUACAGUCCACCGCUGAAGUAGCGAGUUCCUGAGAGCAUGUUCACAAAGAUCCUGCGGUGAAGGGAGGUGAAUUCCACACAGCCGCCGCCCACCGAGAAGUGGAUGUAUUCUAGGGGGUGGGUGGAGUGGAGUAAGGGGUGUUUUUGAGGUAGUGACUAGCAGAUUAGAGAUUGAUAUUUGGAAUUGGUUCUGCUUGGAUUAAGAAGGUUGCGGGCCAAACUCAUGUUAAAUCAAGCUCGAUGGUUGAAAAAUGUCUGGUCAGAAAGCUGGAACAGGGGUCUGGGUUUGAGGGUGGAAUAACUCGGUUGACAGUCAAGACAUUUUCUGCCCAUACCCUGUGUUUACGGUUUGUAUGGUUUGUAUGGUAUUAUCGUUCGAAAUGCUGAUGCUGAGUAUGAAACCGGCCAAUGCUGGUACUGUAACCACCAUCACCCCACUCAGUCAUAAGGAUCAGCAUAUGACACUUGGUUGUGGGGGUGUAAUCAACGCCCAGCUAAGCUUUGGAUUUCCGUCGUAAAAUUAUCAUCUGGGAAUGCCCAUCGAACUCACAAAACAACAGAUCGGGAAAUCAUGUGACCCCCAGGAGGCACUGUACUCGAGUACACUCUCCACCGUAGUCGCGACGAAACUGGGCGGGCGACGAACAGGGGGGGGUAUCAACCCUAACCUGGAGGAUAAGGCAACGACAACCGUUCUAUUUUUCCGGUGACCAGACAAAGAAAUUACCACAACCUUGUUUCUUUCCUUUCCGACAAACACUCCACCCCAUUUCCCCUGGAUUUGAUCCCCAGGGGAAUUCAAAAUUCGGGUUUAAAUAUUUAAAGUACGAUAUGAGUUAAAAAGAAUGUACCACUCCUCCUCAAUGAAUUGAGAGUUUGAGUGUGUCACGGCCGUGUCCUGCAGGGCAGGAUUUGGAUUACCCAGUCGUGACUGGGCUUGAGAAUUCUUUCUCCUACGCUUGGCGGCUUGCUCAGAAUCUUUUUGAUCUCGUCGCCGUUUGAGAUCUGCUAGAACUUCGCCUUUCUCUAGAACACAUGCAGAAUCAGAGUUCAACUGCCGCCGAACUGCUCGAAGCUUUAUGGAGGAUGGGCUAUUGGAUGUAAUUGCCGAUAGCGCAUCUACAUAAAGGUCAUGGAUCGAUCGAGGAGUCGUUGGUGUUUUUGGCUGAUAUUCAAUGAGAUCGCGAGGGUUUUGCAAAACUGUGGGACGCGGCGGAAGAGGAUGGGAUGGUGGUGAUGGUAUAAUAAUCCCAGUAGUAGUAUGUUGCACUGGAGAAAGCAUAUUAGGGCACGCAUGGAGGUAUAGGGCAUAGCAGGGAUUUAGGGCUCACAUGUACGAGCAGAGUUUUCACUAUAAAGUGAACCGGUAGCUAGCAACCUCUAUAGAAAUGAUGAACCAGAACAU